AUGGAGGUGGAACAGAUGACGGAUGCGACGGCAUCACAUCCGCGCUCCGAUUCACAGCUGUCCACCUUGCAACCAGCAGCGCAUCGAGAGCGCUUCCUCCACCUUCAGACGUCAGCCCGCUAUGCAGGUCCAUCCGAUCCCACCGCACAGAUGAACCACAUCCUGGCUCUACUCGAUAGCUACAGGAAUGCAGCUCAGCGUUCGACGCUGCUCUCUCACGACUGGGACGUCUUCCUCGCUCUCGAGACUCGUCUGGCGGCUGCAACCGGACCUCUCACUCCCGACUCUCUGCAGGCACUCUUCCAAUUGCACAAUGAUGCGACAUCACACGUUCAGUCCAUUGAUCUGAUUCGGCGAUACAUCAGCCUGCUCCUGGCCUACUUCUCGAAGCUAAGCGGCAUCAAUGUUGCUUUGCCCCCAAUGCAGUCGGCGGAGGGCCCAUCGACGAGUGGGUCCAACGACCCGGCCUCCAAAUGGACGAGCCUUGGCUCGUGCCCUACCAUCGACGUGCCUUCAUCAACGUACAUUGCAGCAUCACUCCCCCAACUCUCGCAAGACUCGGUUGAUGCAGCUGACUGGGAGCCUGUCUGCGGCGUCGAAGCAGUACGUUGGCGCAUUCGAGAAGCAUAUACACGGUGCGCCGCUCAGCUGCAGGAAAGCCAGGACGUCUGGAGGCUCUAUCUUGCCUUCGAAGAAGCACUUCUUCCUUCUUCCCUCGUUGCGCAGGAUCAGCAGCUGGAAACAGUACGUUAUGUCUACCUCGCCCGACUCAAGGUCCCCCACACCGCCAUCGACGAGAUUUUCCAGGCGUUUUCGAGCUUCGUCACAAAGCACCUGCCGCCGCAGCAGUACGAGAACGAGAUGUCGGCAGCCAACGUCCUUGUUGCCGAAUCGAGAGCCAUCCUGCGUCAGCGAGAGCAGCACGAGGAUGCGUUGGCGUCGCUCUUCCGCGCGGGCAAGGUCCACACAGCAGGUUCCAGGCAGGAUCUGGACCACUUUGCUGCCUACUGCAAGCCCUACCUGCGCUGGCAGAGCGGCCGUGCGAUUCGAGCGAUGCGGUCGAAGGACAAAGCAGCUUCUCAGACCGAACUCGAUCUAGCAUGUGGCCUGUUCGAAAGGCUCAUUCCGCAUUUUGGUGUGCAUCCACCGUCAACGCACAAGCACGAGCUCGUUUACUACUCGGACGACGUCAAAGCCUCGGAACACUACGCUCGCGAGUUUAAGCGGCUCAGCCACGAAGAGCGCGAGGCACGAACCCAGCAGGAACAGCAGCUCUUCUCGGAACGACAUGCGCUAGCCACCGACCUGUGGCUCGACUACCUUUCCGUGCUCACUUCAUCGCACCGUCCCGACGCCUCGCUCAUCAUGGACGUCUGCACUCGUGCCGUCCACUGCCUCCCCACCGCAGUCAGUCUGCACUGCGCGCUAAUGCGCAACUCGGCCCGCUUCCGGCGCUCACGACCGCAGAUCGAGCAGCUCUUCGAAAACGUGGUCACGCCGGGUGCGCUCGAACUCAAAGCUUCCGAGCUCACCGACCUGUGUCUCGCGCGCAUCGACUGCGAGCGCGAACUCGCCAGCUUCGACCUGGUCGUCAAAGCUGGCGCCGAUCUGCAUAUCGAUCCUGCGCAAGACAUGGACAAGUUUACCGAGAUCUAUGCGCUGCUCAGCUACUCGUUGGGAAAGCUGGCCGAGCUGGGUGAUGACCGCGACCCGAGCCUGCGGCUGGAGAAGGCGACGGUGAAUUGGGUCGAGCGCGCGGUCUUUGCCAUGGGCGGGCCGGCGUCGGAGGGCGGGGCGGGGUUCAAUGAGUUGGCGGAAAGCGUGUGGCAGACGGCGGUAGCUCAGCAGCCCGACAAUGCGCUUGUGUACCGAGAGGCGGCCGGGUACUGGCUGCGCCGAUUUGAUGCGGGGAAGGCGAGAGGGUGGUUCAAGGCGGGCGUGUCCAAGUUGGAACGCAGACAGUCGCAAGAGGCGAGUCCUGAGUACCAGACGUUGCUGCAGGAGUGGGUGCAGUUCGAGCAUCAGCAUGGAUCGAUUGAGGAGGUGGAGUAUGCGGAGGGCAAGGCUAGGGCGGAACGUCAACGUGCGCUCGAGGCUUGGUACGCGUCGUACGCGCAGUAUGGAUACCAGGCUGAAUCGCAGGCGCAGAUACAGGCUGCGAAUGGUCAUGACGACUCUGCUAUGCAAGUCGAAGUCACUUCGAAUCAUGCUCCAUCGAGUGCCGGCAAGAGGAAGGCCGAGGACGAAGAGGAUGCCGACACGUCCAUUGCCGAUGCACCCAUGUUGACUCGCACCGAACCGCCACCCAAUCCUACCGAUCCCGCACUCGAGCAGCCCAAAAAGACCCGCACAACGGACGCCGACACCGCGCCCUCACGCGAUCGCGAACACUGCUCCGUCCUGCUCUCGAACCUCGACCCUUCCACCGACGCCUCGUCCAUCCGCACAUUCCUCCGCGGCUGUGGUCGCGUCAUCGAGCUCACCGGCCCAACCAUCCUCGGCUCCACCGCCGCUGCACUCGUCGAAUUCGCCGACCCCCUGGGCGCCUCCUCCGCCCUCACACGGCACAACAAGCCCCUCACCUCCACCAUGGUCUCCAUUCACAUCGGCUGGAAGUGCACGCUCUUCGUAACGAACUUCCCCGAAGACUGGGAUGACACUUCGGUCCGAGACACGUUCUCGCCGCACGGGCUCAUCUUCACCGUGCGUUGGCCGAGCAAGCGGUUCGUCUCGAGUCGACGAUUCUGCUAUGUGCAGUAUACCACGCCUUCCUCCGCAGCAGCAGCGGUGGCAGCGUUGGACAAAACCGAAGUGGCUCCUGGUCGGGCGCUCAGUGUGGCGCUGUCCGAUCCGAGCCGUCGAAAACAGCGCAGUGAUGCGGGGGAGAACGCCAAAGAGCUGUUCGUCUCCGGUUUCCCGCGCAACAUCAGCGAGUACGACUUGAAGAGCUUCUUCGAGGAGUUUGGCGCGGUGACAGGUGUUCGGCUGUUGCGCAAUGCGGAGGGCGGUCUGCGCGGGAUCGGAUUCGUUGAUUUCGAGUCGGCGUUGGACGCUACGAGGGCGAUGAGGGAGGUCAACUCGACCAAGUGGAGGGGUAAGACGAUUUCCGUCACUAUCGCCGAGAAUCGGGGUCAUGCGACAAGGGCCGAUGGGAAGGAUAGGAAGGCGAGGAGUGUAAGGGUGGACGGGUUGCCGGUGGAUGCGCAGGAGGCACUGAUCCAGCAGGCGAUGGAGAGGGCGACCGGGUUGGGAAGCGUCAAGCAGGUGCUGUGGAGACCGGAUGGGGUGGGGACGCGGGCGACGGUUGAGUUCAGGGAUGUGAGCGAUGCGGGGAAGGCGGUGCUCGUCGGAGGAGCGGGCGGGGUGAAGUAUGUGGGAGAGACAGAGACGGUGUUAGCGGUGACGGCGUUGGAGGAUGAUGUAGCGUCGCAAGUGGGGUCGCCACCGCCGAUGGAUCAGAGCGCGGCUAAUGCGCCAGGUCUGGCGUUCGUUCCGCGUGCGUCGAGAGGCGGAAGGGGCAGAGGAAGGGGGAGAGCCUUCGCCAUGGCAAGCGUGCAUCAUCAGAGCUCGAAGGAGCAAACAGCGGGGGACGAUAUGGAGGUCGAACCGCACACCGAAAGCACCAGCAAUUUGACCGGCCAGGAUCGGUUCAGGGCCAUGCUGCAGCGUCCGCAGUGA